AUGAAACCUAAGUUUAUAAAUUAUCGUGUUUUUUUUAUUUCAGAUGAAGACAUUUCUGAUACUUCACUUAAAUCUGAUAGUUUACCAUUAUGUUCUACAGAUGAUGAACUUGAAAUUAGAAAAACUAUUCAAGGAUCUUCUAAGUGUAUUAAAUAUGAUGAUGAUAUGACUGAGCAAAAUCUCUCAAUUUAUAAAAAACCAAUAAAUGGAUGGUCUCCCUUAAAAAUUUCUGUUGGCUCUUCAUCUGUUAUACCUCUAAAACCAACUAUUCAUAGUAGUUUAAUAAAUGAUGACAUUUUGAACUCUACUGAAGACUCUAAUUCAUGUAAAGUAAUCGACAGCAUUGAUUUUACGAAUAAUAAAACUUCUUUGGCUACCACCACAGCUUUAUCUUCUCAAAAACUGGUCGACACCAGUAUUCAUAAAGACAAAUCACAUUUAUCAUCUGGUAUUUAUUUCCUAUAUUUUUAUAACAGAAAAUUAAUAUUUUCAGACUUGGAUACUUCUCAAACUAUUGUUUUAAACAACAGUCCAAUUAUGUUUUCAAAAACUUCAUUUUCUGAUGAUUAUAGUUUUCCAAAGGCACAUAGCUCAUUUUCAUCUACCAAGAAAAAAACUGUUCAAAUAGAUGAUCAGUAUACAAGAUUAUUGAAUUAUAUGAUAACAAUGAAGUAUGAAAUACGUUCAAUUCAUGAAAAAUUAGACAUACUUAUUCAAAACAGUGAAGAAAAUUUUAUGACAAAGACUAAAGACUCUGGUGUUUUUGAUACAUUCAUUAUAGAUGAUAGAUUACCAAUCGAAAAUGAAGAAAAGCUUGAAACAUUUGAAAGUGAUUUAUCUAAUGAUAAAAAUUUUCGGAAUCGGUUGGUUCUACGUUUAUCAUCGGUUGGUGGAAAGUCUAUUAAAUGUAUGGUAAAACGAAUUAUGACCUUGCUAUUUACACCUGACUUAUUAUGUAAAUUUUCCUAUAAUGGCCGCGGAAAUAAAAAACGUCCUUUCGAUAAGUUACUGGUCAAGAAUGUUAUAUUUGAAUCCGUUAAAACUAUAAAAAAAUUUGCUUUGUCUGACAAUGCAUCCAACGAAAUAGAACAAGUCAUAAAGUAUGUUCUUAUUCAGACUCCAUUUAAAAUAAAGAAUAAAACUAGUGAUUGAUUUUUUUAAAAAUUAUUUUUGGUUUUAAUGUUUAUACCUACAUCAUAUUAUCUUAUUAUAAUUAUUUUUAACUGCAGUUUCAUUCAAUUACAUUUUUACUG